AUGUUUGAAACUGGAAAUGACAGUCAAAAAAACUCUGAUGUAGAAGUUAAAGUCAUGAAAAGGAUUACUGAAUUGUCUGCAGACGACAUUAGAGGGAUGGAUUUCUCUUCUGAGGAGGAAGCAUGUGAAUUCUAUUCUAAAUAUGCUCGUAUCCGUGGAUUCUCUCCAAGAAAAGAUGAUGUAUACAAGCAUGAUGAUGGCAAGAUUAUCUCACGACAGGUGGUGUGCAAUAGGGCUGGACAAAGGCAUCAGAAGCAUAUGCAUAAUAGUGGCAGAAGAAAACAACCUAAGCCUAUUACUAGAGUGGGUUGCCUUGCUAGAAUUCGAUUUCGUUGUUUUUCUAGCAGGGACAAAGCUCAAGCAGAAGGUAUGAACCUAUUUGGUGUGAGGACCCGCAAUAUUAUGGAGGUGAUGAUGGGCCAAAAAGGUGGGGCUGAGUCGGUAGGCUUUACCGGCAAGGACUUGGCCAACCACCUAGACAAGCAAAAAAGGAAAAGAGUCAAAGAUGGUGAUGCAGUUGCGGCGCUGUCCUAUUUACAAGGAAAACUUGACAGUGACCCACUAUUUUUCUUCAAGUACAACAAAUCGGAACAAGGUAAUCUCCUUAACUUGCUAUGGUGUGAUGGAACCAGUAGAAUGGAUUAUAACGUGUUUGGAGAUGUGGUUGCCUUUGAUAGCACAUACAAGAAGAACAAGCAUCCUAAGGUGGCGGUUACAGAUGGAGAUCUAGCAAUGAAGGAAGCUAUUAGAGUUGUGUGGCCGAAUACCACGCAUCGUCAAUGUGCAUGGCACAUUCACCAGAAUGCUUUGAAAAAUAUUAGAAAUCUUGACUUUGCAAAUGAAUUCAAGUUAUUUGUGUACGCUAACUUAAACCCUGACAAGUUUGGAGAGAAGUGGGAUAAACUGGUUGAGAAAUAUGGUAUAGCCAACAAUCCAUGGAUUGAUACGAUGUAUGAGACAAGAGCUUCUUGGGCAAGCACCUUCAUGCAAGACAAAUUUUUUGCCGGUAUUAGGACGACAUCCUUAUGUGAAGGUAUUAACUCAUUCAUAAAGAAUUAUCUGCAUUGCAAGUGUUCCUUGUUGGAUUUUCUUUUCAAUUUUGAGCGGGCUAUGAAGAAAUACAGGCACAAUGAGUUGGAAUCUGAUUUUAAGUCUUCUUAUGGUGAGCCUGUUAUGACAACAGCACUUAGUGGCAUUGAGUAUGGAGCUGCCAAAAUAUUAACAAUCCAUGGAUUGAUACGAUGUAUGAGACAAGAGCUUCUUGGGCAAGCACCUUCAUGCAAGACAAAUUUUUUGCCGGUAUUAGGACGACAUCCUUAUGUGAAGGUAUUAACUCAUUCAUAA